AUUUUUGUUUUUAUUCCAACUCUACGUUGUAGCCACUCAAAAAACUCAGAUUGUUUGAUCUUAUCUUCGCUCUUUGUCCUCUCUGCGCCACAUCCAUCUUGAUAAUUCAGAAAUAACAGAAUGGUCGCGUCCGCAGCUGCUGUUUCAACAUCAAGUACUGCAGCUGCGUUUUCAACUAUGUCGUCAUCGGCAAAAAUUGUCCAGCGUGGCUUUGUGAACCGCAUUGCCCGUGGAGUCGGCUUACCAAAGACAUUGUUGGACGGCGUGGAUGGUUUCGUUUUCGACUGUGACGGAGUGAUAUGGCGCGCUGGUGAGCUGUGCGAUCCGCGGAUUCCUGGCGUUUUCAAUUAAGGAUCAUAGAGACGCACUUGCUCAUCUACAAAAAAACCAGGAGCAUUCAAUAGUAUUCUUUUGUCGUCGACGAUGACGUUAUCGGUUUCCUAUAAAAAUCCCUCUUCUCUAAUGCGAGCAGUUGCGAGCACUGAAAAAGCGCGUUUUCUUUGUGACAAACAAUAGCACCAAGCCACGCAGUGUGUUCUUGGAGAAGCUGAAGAGUCUCGGGAUAGACGCGGAGCCGAACGAGCUUUAUUCAGCUGCUUUCGCUUUUAAGGUUGGAGGACACUCUUCGUAGAUUUUGUUUAUCCACGAACAAUGCUUCUAGUAUAGGCGGAUCGAAGAUAUCUUUCUUCAGGCAAGCAUGAUAUGUCAUGCAAGAAGUAGAAGGCCAUACGACCACGAGUAUCGAAGACCACUUUCUUCGUGUUCCAGGAUCGAACGAACAAUAUUGAAUGAUGUUUCGACACUACCUAGCUCUAAUGCCCGCGCUGAGUAUUUACGCCUCUAUCAACCAAGGCUGCUGUCGACGCAUGCUGUGUACUUGAUUGGAAUGUCUGGAUUGGAGCAAGAAUUGCGACAGGAAGGUAUAAAUGUUUUCGGCGGCCCUUCAGAUACCGCGUUCAAUGAGAGAAUGCAGAAAUGGAUGUCCGAAAAAGUCACCGCAGCGGGAGAAAAGGGAAUUUUUGGCGUCUUCGAAAAUAUACCCAUUCCGGGGGCAAAAUCUGAGGCGGGCAUGACUAACAACGCCGGAACAAGCAUAGAGAAGCCGAUUGGGGCUGUUGUGUGCGGCUUUGAUCCCACAUUGAACUACUUAUGUCAUGGGCUUUUUGAUUUUGACCGAGAGACCACAAACACUUCGAUCAUAGUCAUACUUAGUGCUAAUACUCUUGCUCAGCAAGAGUAAGGAUCCAAUUCUGAAUUUGCCACUGCUUCCCGGAUUUCUAUUUGAUGUAUGGAGGCUCAAACUUACUAUUAAGAUGUCGCACAGGAACACUUUGAGGUUAGUCGCUCCUUCUGAUGUUUUUUUCGUAUUAGUAUUCCAUUUUGUAGGUUCCCACAUCCACUCGCAGGAACUCUUUUUCGCCUCAAGCUUGCUUGCUUGCUCGAUUUUGUCCUGCUUCAUUUUCGUACAAGGUGCAAUUGGCACAGUUGUGUCUCAACGAGAAAUACAAUCCGGUGAAAGAUUGCGCUUUUAUCGCGACAAACCCAGACGCGGUGGCCCAUAUCACACCUGACUGCGAAUGGGCAGGAAAUGGAUGGUGCGUGGGUGCGAUUAAGGGGUAGUGAUAUUUGUCUGCUGACUCCAUUACAUUUUAUAUUCAUCGUAUACAGCGAGUGCGAGUCGCUACUCGCUAGCGCUACACAAAGUCAAAGACUGCGCUGAAGGUGCAAGCUAAAACCCACGUGCCGGGCACGGCCUUGACUUUGUCGGCUUGGGCUGCUCGCCGCCGUGCCUUCAACAGCAAGAACGAUGUGGCCUUCUGGUCACCGUGCGUGUCACAAUUUUUGUUUGUGACUCAUCACAGUCACCUUUUGUACUCACAACAGGUGCACAAAUCGCGAGCCCGUGUACACCGGCAAACCCUCCAGCCUUCUGAUGGAUAUAUUGUGCAAGGGGCAUGGCUUGGACCGUCAAAGACUGGUGAUGAUAGGGGACCGCCUUGAUACGGACAUUUUGUUUGGACUCAGCAACAGAAUGAAGACUCUCCUCGUUCUCUCUGGCGUAACCACGGAAGCAGAAGGCUCCGAAAGUGAGACUAGAGCAGAUUACUGUAUCGAUAACGUGGGUGAAUUCUUUGAAUCUGGUACCGCGCAGGAAGCUUAGGGUUAGAAGCUUUGCCGUACGCCAGUGCGUUCUUUAUUAUCCACGUUAUUCUCAUACUCGUCAGUGCCAUUUGCAAUAAACCCACUGAUUGUGUGUAAGUAGGCGAAGGGGGAUGCUUGAAGUAGUGAACUCCAUGCUCAGUUGGCGUCAUUUAUGAGCAUCCAUGAUGCUUUACUCACAGCGACAGAAAAGUAGAUGAUGAGAGUGCUUGGUCACGAUAUUUAGUGUUAGUGAAGAUCAUUCUACGCAAGGGGUUACCCAAGGCAGCGCGUCCCUUAAAUUGCAGAAGAUUUAGUGCCACGGCAGCGCGAAAGCUUUACGCGAAAAAGGAAAAAUUGGUAGGUGCCACUUACUGAGCAGUCCGGGUUUCAAACAAUCGCGAAAGAUUUUUGAUAAAUUCUGAGGUGGUUAACAUUGACAACGAAGGAGCGCUCUUCUUGUUUUUUCGUAUCCGCAAAGAAUAAGAUUAAUCCAUCUACUUCGCAACGGUGACUGUCCACUGGAUCAACAUCAUGAUCGUCUUCUAGCGAGACUUCACCCACACAUUUCAAGAAGUUCUGGAC